CCCUUUUUUGACAACGUUUUCGCCAUGGCUUCCACGCAGGAUCUCGAGCUGCGGCUACAGCAGCUUCAAGAGCAACAGCAGCUUAUGUUGCAGCAGCAAGAGCUUCUUCAAGAGCAACAGCAGCUUAUGUUGCAGCAGCAAGAGCAGCUUUAUUUGCGGCUCCAACAGCAGCUUCCUCAGCAACUUCAGGAGCUCCGUCAGCAGCUCCCUCAGCAGCUCACAAGCCCCCCUCCGAGAACCGCCCCGCGGCGGCGUCCAAAGAGCCGCCCUCGCCGUCCCUCUGGCCGCCCUCCCCCACCUACUGAAGCCCAAGUGGAACAAUCAAUCAAGUUCGUAUAUGCCUCUAAGAGAAGUUGGCGGAUGGCUUACUGGCGGUUAUCACAGGAACGAGGUCGGGACUGCUCGGUCGAUGCUGUCACAGGUGCCCUACGCCGGGUCGGCUUGACGAGAUACAUAGCAUGCCAGAAGCCUCUGACCACAGAGCCAACGCAUCAAAGGAGACUCGCCUUUGCUACGCGCUGCCUCGGCUGAAUCCUUAGCGAUUGGAAAGUUAUUCCUCGGCCUGAUGAGACCCGGGCUACCGGGGAAGGCAUACACGCACAUGGUUCACGCACAGACCCGGCGGAGAGCUCGAUCCAACCUGUAGUAUUAAACAGCAUCAGCGGAAGAAGGGAUGGGUGUUCUGGGGCGGCUUUUCUGGGCUCUCAGGCAAGGGCCCUGGGGUCUAUUGGAGGAAGGAUUGGGGCUUGAUAGGAAACUACUAGCUAUAUUGAACAUAUCGUCGCUAUUACUAUGGAUGGCAUCGUCUUCAUCGGAUCAGGAUCA